AUGAGCAUUAUGCCGCUUGCGACUCCCGUGUCUACUUUUGACAACUCGGGCGGUGGUAAUGUAAAUUUGUGCGCUUGGUCCAUCCCGUACUUGCUCGCGAGUGCUUUCUUUCCUUCAUACAUCGAGGGGAUAUCCGUAGAGCCGGGUCUGGUUGAUCCGGUGGAACAAUAUUCAAGGUCGGGUUACGGGUUAGGCAAGGAAUCAGAGCGGCUGAACGAAAACCGGCAUAGAAUGGAAUUGAUUGGUUCGCCACUUCUGAAGAAGCGAAGGAGGAGGGCGCAAGGAUCAACCAGCUCUUCUUAUUACGAUUACGUGAGUUUUGACUAUCGGGAUUUGGCUCAUUCAAUGCCAUCAACCAAGGAAGUUUUUUCGACUUCAGGGAGCUCAGUUGAGUGGAAGCCGCCAAAGGAGAAGAAUGCCACUUUAUCGAAAGGGGAAGGACGUGCCAAGGAGAUACCCAUCUUCUUUGAUGGGAUGGUGAAGGGAUUUCAGUCCAGACUAAUUCUUCUAGACCGGAUGGGACCUAACAAACUCUCUACGUUCGUACCUGCAGCUAACAAGUCAGAAGUGUCCCUUGAGUCCGAGUUAGCUGCUCUAGUUCUAGUUCAAGACAGGAAAGUAUGGGAUCGCUUGCUUAUGGCUUUGGAAGCGAGCAACCGACCCGGCAGAAGUAGAUCGGAAGUUAGGGAGUCAAAGUCUUACCUUUUUCUUUCAAGUCUUUCUGCCUUACUUUUGGAGGUAGGAGUCUAA